AUGGCUCCGUCGUACAAGAUUGCCUCCAUUCCCGGAGACGGCAUCGGGCCCGAGGUCGUCAGCGCCACCAUUCAGGUGGUCGAGAAACUGGCAAAGACGUUGGGAGCAUUUCAAAUUGAAUUUACCCAUAUCCCGUGGGGAACCGCGUACUACAAGGAAACCGGACGAUAUUUGUCGGAAGAUGCACUUGACACUCUUCGCAAAUUCGAUGCAGGGAUCUUCGGUGCGGUGGGUGCUCCAGACGUACCGGACCAUAUCUCUUUGUGGGGCCUUCUCCUUGCCAUUCGAGGCCCUCUGCAACUAUAUGCCAAUGUCCGACCGGUGCGGACUUUCCCUGGAACCAAAUGCCCUCUCAACACAGCAACUGAGGGAAUCGAUUGGAUGUUGGUUCGUGAGAACUCCGAAGGCGAGUACUCGGGCCAAGGAGGCCGAUCGCAUGUGGGACAGCCGUGGGAGGCAGCCACAGAGGUGGCCAUGUUCACCCGUGUCGGUAUUGAACGCAUCAUGCGAUUUGCGUUCGAGACGGCGCGGUCACGGCCUCGGAAGUUGUUGACUGUGGUGACGAAGAGCAACUCCAUGCGUAAUGGCAUGGUUCUCUGGGAUGAGGUUGCGGCUUCUGUCGCCCAGGACUUUCCCGAUGUCACCUGGGAUAAAAUGCUGGUGGACGCAAUGACGGUGCGCAUGGUGACCAAGCCGCAGUCCAUUGACACCAUUGUCGGCACCAACUUGCAUAUGGAUAUCCUAUCCGAUCUGGCUGCGGCCCUGGCUGGAUCGAUUGGUGUCGCGCCAUCGAGUAAUCUGGAUCCCACCCGUAAGAACCCAUCUCUGUUCGAGCCUGUGCAUGGCAGUGCAUUCGACAUUACUGGCAAGGGUGUCGCGAACCCGGUCGCGACUUUCUGGUCGGCUGCAGAAAUGCUCAAGUGGAUUGGCGAGAAGAAUGCGGCUGACAAGCUGAUGACUUGUGUGGAGAACGUAUGUGCGGCGGGCAUCUUGACACCAGAUCUGGGCGGCACCUCGAGCACGCAGGAAGUGGUGGACGCGGUAUGUGUCGAGAUUGGCAAGAUCAAAGCGUGA